AUGAACAGAGCACGCAAGAAAAGCAGGUCCAUUGCCAAUGUAGCUGAGCUCAAUGGGGACCAAAACACAUCCACAAAUCAAGAUACAUCUGCUUCUUCCACUACGAUUGCUGCCUAUACCCCUUCCACCGAGACUGCGGCUUCGCAGUUUGCUGGAAAGUCCCCAAGCGAUAUCCUCCUGCCAUCCAUGAGCGACAUCGAGAAACUUCAAAAGCUUAAGGAAUGGAUUUUGUCUGAUCAGCAUCCCAUGUUCACCAGCGCCCCUAAAGUGGCAUACUUGCUUUCUCUGCGUGUGCCGGCUCCCUCGUGGUCUGCUGCCGACUCAAACGGAUCUUCAAAUUCACUUGGAGGGGAUCAAGAGCGUCAAAGUGGUGCAGUUCCGCUUGCUGAGCGUCUGUCUUCCCCCAAGAUGCAGCCGUAUACAGGCGACGACCAACCUUUCAACGAUGCAUACGGAAAUGAGGAUCAACAUGGGCAGAAUGAUCAUCAAAGCACACCCUUUCAGGACAAUCAAAACACUUCUGGUCCAUACGAGGGCACUCAUGGACCUCCUGGGUCUGAUUCGUUUAAUGACGUCGAAAUGGCGGAUUCACGAACACAAGGCUCUACUGGUCCUGUCCUCACUCCUACUCAUACAGCACACCCAUAUCCUCGACACUAUUCACGGCCUUCGGACGAUCAGCGACGGUACGAGCAAGGAGAAGAUGGGCGUCGCUCACCUCGCAAUGAUACGCGGCAAUGGCAAGAGAGACGUGGACCUGCCAAUGGCAACUACUCGCGUCAUCCAGCUGGAGAUGGCGGACGCUAUCCUCCCGGAAACUACAGAGGUGGUUACCAGAAUCAUGGGGAUCGUCGUUACUCUGGCAGUGAUUAUCAGCAGCAUCCAAACCAUCGAAACUAUGAGUAUGAUCGGAACGCUGACAGGCGCCCAGACUACCAGUCAGAUGAUCGACACGGUGGAAGGCAGCAAGGCUAUGGAUCGCGUGGUGGAUAUUAUCAGUCGUAUGGUCCCCGGCAGACUUACGAAAGGAAGGGUGACUAUAAUCGUCCAUCAGGUCGCGAGCCGUCUCUGCCAUUAAAGACGGAUGAUUUGGAUGGUGCUAAGCCCACUGAGGAAAAUACCUCCCCAAUGGAGGUUCAGGACGCAACAGAGAACAAAAUGAUGACUGAUGACCAGAGCGCACCAGAGAAGAGUGGAAAUUCCGCAAACGUCACUUCUCCACCGUCUCCAUCUUCCGCAAACGGGGGACCACCUCAAUCUGUAGGCGAAAGCGCAACCCUUCCCGGCCUCGGGUCACCCCCAAGAUCUGAAGCUCAGCUGGAAAGUGUGCCUGGUGCUUCCGCACAGGACGAAAAGGCCAGUGGGACUGCUUCACCAUCUUCACCCCUUGAAGGCGACGAUGCUGGACGGGAUCCCCAAUAUCGGGACCAAGACGGCAACUACAAAUCCAACCCCGGCAACUACACAGGAAGAAACCAGGACUAUCGCCGACAACCUCAGGAUACCAGACCCAGGGCAGAUAGCUAUCAGCGUUAUCCCCCUCAUGAGCGAAGCUAUGAGCGUCUUCCAACUCGUGAUGACCGCACGUAUCCACCCCGGGACACUUCUUACCGUCCGAAUUACGCUCCUCCACCCGCCGAUGGUCGCCGCUUUGUUCCUCGGGAUGCAGGUUACGCCGACGAGCCAUAUUACAGAGGUCGUGACUACCGACCACCAGCAGAUUGGGAUACCAAGAGGCGUGAAAGCGAGCGGGUUCCAGACACUAGACUCUAUGAGCGUGACAGAGAACUUCGCCCGGGUCCACCAGCUGCACACGGACCACCCAGACAUGUCAGUACUCGGCCGUACCCGCCUGCUGUAGACAGAGACAGCGUACCCCCAAGGCAAGCACCUCCCCGAAUGCCUGCAGAGGCAUAUCCGGUUCCUAGUCGUUAUGAUCCAGAGCCUUAUCCCCUGCCGCACUCUGCACCACCGCCACCGGGAUCGUAUUCACGUAUCCGUACGAGAAGCAUGAGUCCUGUUAGACGCGACUACCAGCCGGAAGACCGUCCGCCACCGAAGCGGGUAAGAGGACCUGAUGAACCAUAUGUAGCAAGCGUGCCACGACCUCCUCAAUAUGGCGGCCAAUACCCACCACCACCACAACGUCGACCUCAGGACUAUCCAGAUCGCCGACCAACUGGUGGAGCUCAGGCAGCUUACUAUCGUCCAGACGACCGGGGCCCCCCACGUUACUGA